UAACAUUAUAAUUACACACAAGUUAAUCGAAGCGCUUGAUGUUACUUUUAGAAAACUUAUUUAAAGUAAAUUGCACUUCAGUUUGAAUUUUAUAAGAAAAUUGUUUGAAAAAAAAUAGUGAACAUUAUCGGUACGUGUAAAAUGUUUUGUAAUUCGUAUCACUCGGAAUUCUUUUAAAAUAUCAAUAUUCUAAGCAAAGUAAAAAAAUUAUAGUGAUAUAAGAGCUGUACUAUUACCGGCCGAUUUAAAUAAAGUCGAUAAAACAUAACUCUGCUACAAGUAGUAACAUCCAACUAAUAGUUAAACGUGAUUGACAAAGGGAGGUGUUAGUUUAUUAUAAACAAUAAAAGUAGAAAAAAUCGAAUAGAGGGAGGCACCCGCCAUUUGCAAGUCUGUCUAUUGAUUUCGUAUAGUUUUAAAGAAGUUAGUGUAUUUAAAACUUUACCAUCCUAUGUGAAAAUAUUUUAUUUGAUUGAAAUAUAUUAAAACAAUAACUAAAUUCUGAGUUAUUGAAAAAUAAUCUCCUAUAAGUGAAACACAUAAAACAAUAACAAAGUAGAUUAUUUGGCUAUCAUAUUUUAAUGUCAACACACAAUGAUAAUUUAUAUUUACUAAUUAUUCUUCAAAAUUGUGUAAAAUUAAUCAUAUAUCAAGUUCAAUUUUAAUAUGAAAUGAUUCUAUGGCUAUAAAAAAUGAUGGAAGUAUACCCUGCUUUACCAAAAUUUAUGGUGCAAGAAUGCCCAGAUGAAGAUGAUUUGACAGAUAUCGAUGAUGAAGUAUUUGUUAGAGAUGGAAAAAAUGGAGGAUUAAAAUUAGAUGAAGAUGGUGGAGUUAAACGGCCCCUUAUGGCGCCACGUAAAAAAUUUAGAAAAUUUUAUAAAGUUGGAGUACAUAGAUUACGUUAUAAAGCAUAUUUUACACCCAUUUGUUGUGGGUUCAUAACAUUAGUAUUUCUAUUAGGCUUCAUUGCCUUUUUUAUAUAUAUUGCUAAUGUAUUUCCAUCGUCAAUUACUAUGCUUAAACAAUUCCUAACUCAUGAAUUAAAAUCUUUAGUAAGCAAAGUACAUAUAAUUCCAUGUACAUCAUUGUCAUCAAAGAUAAUAUGGAAAAGAACAAUAUCAAAAUUUACUUCAGAAGCUCCUUUGAGAAGCAAUGAUGUUAAUAAAGAUGGAAUUGAAGACAUUAUUAUUGGAUUUAGUACAGGUUUAAAUGCAGAAAAUACUCCAGGAUGCUAUGAUUACCUUAAAAACCAAGUACCUUGUUUGGGUGGAAUAUUAGCAUUAGAUGGCAAAACAGGAAAUACACUUUGGAUUCAUUGGACUGUUUAUGGAAUUUUCUCAAUAGACUGUGGACUGGACAUAACAAAUGAUAAAAUUAAUGAUUGCAUUGCUUCAGGAGAAGAUGGAAUGCUUUAUGCAAUUAAUGGACAAAAUGGAUUGAGUAUAUGGAAAAUAUCAAACGAAGAACUAUCAUCAUCUGAGCAUUCAAUAAUUUUUCAUAUAUACAAUGCAAAAUUUAUAUCUGAUACUGAUAGAGAUGGCAUUGGUGAUGUUAUUGUAACAGGCACUAUUCAAUCUGACUUAUCACGUAGCAGCAGAAUUCUUAUUGUAUCAGCAAAAAAAGGACAUAUUCUAUAUACCAUUAAUACCCCAAACAUAGAAUUAUUUUCUAUUCCACAGACAAUUGUACAUCCAGAUGGUGAAAAUAUAUUUGUUUUAACUGCAAAUAAUCAAAUGCAAUCAGGUGCAUUGUAUAUAGCAUCUAGUACUAAUUUUAUGCAUGGUAAAUUGAAACUAAAGGAAUUGCACCAUAGCUCUGGAAAAGCAGCACUAUUACCUCCUGUUUUGGCAGACAUAACAAUGGAUGGAAUUGCAGAUAUUGUUGCAUCUAUGUUUGACUCUACUAUUAUAGCUUAUGAUGGAUUAACUUUUGAUCCAAUUUGGAAUUAUACUGUUCCUAAUUCUGAAAUAUUAAGCAGUCCAAUACCUGGUUAUUAUAAUGAUGAUGAAAUUCCAGAUUUUAUGGUAAAACAUGAAAUAGAAUCAGAAUUUCCUAAUUAUACCAUGUCUAUGAUCAUUGAUGGACAAACUGGACAACCUUUACUAGAGAAACCAAUAAAAGAUACUUUAAAUAAACAAAUAUCAGGCUUAUCAGUUACUAUUGAUGGUUUUGGCAAUGAUUGGUUUUUACACUGGUCUAGUAAUUGUUCACAUAAUGAAGAUUUCAAAGGAACAUAUCGAUUUUCGAAAAACAAAAAUUUUCUGUCACAAACUGAUUUAUGUAAAAUAAUAUUUAACUCAACAUUAACUACAAAUUUAUUAGCUUUGAGUCAACAUGUUGGACCACCUGGUAUAACUUUAUACUCAUCAGAAGAAUAUAAAAUAUUAGAACUUAAUAAUUCUGUUGACAUAGAAAAAGAAAUUGAUAAAUAUUUAGAAUCAUAUCAUAUAGAUUCAAUAGACAUUGAUACUCCAAAAAUAUAUAAAGAUUAUGACAAAGGAAUAAUGCUUAAGCAUAACAGAGAUGAGAAUAUACUUGAAGAAUUAAAUAAUUACAAUCAAAAGAUUCCUGAAAUGACAUAUGAAAAUCAAGAACACUUUGAAGGAGAUAACAGAUUUGAUACUAAUUUUCAACUAAGUAACUUAGAAAAUGUUGAUAUUGAGAAUUCUUUUUAUCGUAAAAAUAAAUGGAUUACAAAUAAAAACUUAGGAAAUAUAAAAGAAUAUGAUACAUUAUAUGAUAACAAUAACAGUAAUAAUAAGGGAGAUGAUCAAAUUAUUGAUUAUUCGCAAAUGGAUGAGUUAAGAGAACAACGUAGACAAGUGACUAAUAAUGAUACAACAAAUAGAGAUUCCGUAAUAAAUAAUAGUAAACAUUUAUUUUCGUCAAUAGUUAGAAAAAAAAGAGUUAAACAAUCAAAUUACAUAUUAAAUAAAUCAAUGAAUUCUAAUAAACAAAGACAACGAUCCAGUGGUAUAUUAUUACCUUCUUUUGUAGAUUCAAAGGAAGGAAAUUCUGUAGAUUUGAUUUUCUCAACUUUUGGUUCACUAUUGUCAGAAACAUCUAUUACAUUGUUACGAGAAGAUUUAGAUUGUAUAUACAAAAAAAAAAUAUUAUCUAAAAAGAAUAUGCAUCAUAGAAAAAAUGCAGAUAUUAUUAUAGAAUGUUUGAAUGAACGUAAUGAUAAUUAUAAUUUAUUUGAAAAAACAAUAAAACAAAAUAAUAUUAAUAUUGCACUUGGACAAAUGACAGUAUAUAGAAUGAAGUUAGAAUGUGUUUGUCCUGAAGAUAUAUUACCUAAUCAAGUAUGUAAGACCAUUGCAUCUAAGCAAAGUUGGCCAGAAUAUUUGGGAUUAUAUGGCAGUGGAUAUUUUAGACCAUUACAUAGAAAUAUUUAAAAUACAUGAGAAAAAAUUUUUUAUGUAACAUGUAAUAUUGAAUUAAACUUUCUGAGAUAUUAUGGAACUUAAGUACAAGUAUCAAUGUGAAAAAUUUAGAUAUUUAAAUAAAACAUUAAUCAGAAUAAUUAUUAUUUACAAGAAAUACUAUAAUAUACAGAAUUCACAUGUUAUAAAACAUUUAAUAGUAAAUGUAUAUUUGAUGGUAGAUUUGCAUUUGAUUCUGAUUAUACUUACUCAAACAUCAUGUGCCAUUAAAAUGUAAAGAUAAUAUAUUAUAAUGAUAUGAUACAUUAUUAUAUUUUUACAGACAAAACUGCAUAUUUUAUUAAUCUUGAUAAUAUAAAUGCCCUGAAGUUUAAUAGAUCUUUAUAUCGUCGAAAAUUUAGUUGAUUCUUUGAAUAAACAAUUUAUCCAUACUGUAGCAAAAAACACUGUAUAGUAUAUUUGCAUAAAUUGUUCCUAUUCUUUGCUAUUUAAUUAAUACAAAAGAAAGAUGUUACAAAUAUAAUUACCACCAAAUAUAAUUACCGAUCUAAAUAAUUUUUAUAAGCAAGUUCCUGAAAUAUAAAUUCUAUUGUAAUGUGAUAAAUAU